CUCAACAAAUUGAGACUUCCGGUGGAUGCCUUUGCGAUAAAUAAAAAAAUAAUAAUAAAUAGCUCUACCACCUGUCAACGCUUUGACACCUGAGGGCUGGGCUGUCUUCACACUCUCUUAAAUGUAGUGCAUAAAAAGAACUAUCGAUGGUUGAUAUUCUGGUGACUAAAAUGGUGGACAUUAACGCAUUGCCGCCUCUACCAAAAUGUUUUUCAGAGAUGGAGAUCUCAAAUUUGAACGUUCCAUCUCAGAAUGACGACCUCUACCAAAACUCUGAAGAUCAAACCCUUAUGAAUGGUCAGAUUGAGGAUUCUAAAAAAGAGGACAUCUCUCGAGUGAAUGGGGUCGUGGAAGAGUCAGGGGGCGAAGACAAACUACGAUCACCAUAUUCGAGGUUAAACCAUGCUUUGUCAAAACUGAAAGAAGAAAUGACAGGGUUAAGGAGACUAGAUGUUUCUCUCCUGACACAGUUGAGGUCGCUGAAUGAUGCCAUACAGGAAUACAAGUUGGCUUUUCAAGAUCGUUUCUCCGAAACUAAUUCUGAAUACUCAUGGGGAAUGAACAGUCGUACAAGUUCCAUGUGCAGCAUUGACGAAUGUGAUGACUGGACAGAAGAUAUUCCCAUGAAACUGGACCACGGACAGAUAGGGAGUUCUCUACACAGUAGUACAUCGAGCCUACUUCAGCAGAUCAACGAACUCAAAGAGAGAGCGGAGUCUGAAUUUUAGUGCCAAUAUAUUCAAUGUAUUUAGGAGUUAGGGUUAUAUGGACCGUGGAUAUCAGCCUGUAUAGCUCUGUGGUUAGAGCACCUGACUAGUAAUGCAGGGAUCCCUGGUCCAGCCAUAAAUUUUGUCCUUUCCUGUAUUACAUAUGGUGCUGUUUACCACACCUGGACCUCAGGUGGAAGUCCUGCCAGGGGCAAAAAGAAUCUGGAUUGUGCGUCUUCGAUGGCGAAGACAAUUGAAGGAGGGAGGAAAGUGUAGUUAGGGUUAUAUGGACCGCGGAUAUAGGUCUGGAUAGUUCAGUAGUUAGAGCACCUGACUAGUAAUGCAGGGGUCCUGGGUUCGAUUCCCAGUCCAGCCUUUCCUAUAUUAUACUAAAACCAUGAGAUAGGGUCAUCCUGUUGACACUUGUCACUCUGUUGACUUUAUCAGAUGUACAAGCAUAGAUAAAUAUCAAAAAUACGUACUACAAACUAACUCUUCUCUCAGUGAUGACAUCAUGUAAUGACUGAAUACUUGGGCUUGUUUGUAUGAAAAGAAUAAUCAUUACCAUAAUUAUCUCCGCAUUGCAAAAUUAAGGCACUGUGAUUACAAUCAUUGGAGAGAAAAAUAUAAUGUAGAAUAGAAUUAAAUGAUAAAAAAAAUUAUAGAACCAUCCAUGAUAAAAAAAAUUUGAUAUUCAGCAUCUGAAGUUUUAGAUAAAGUGUGCAGCCAAACUAGAACAACACAGGUGGUAUAUAUGUACAUCAGUUUUAUUUGUAGCAUGUUUCUUUGAUAUAUAGUUUUGCUUUUAAUGGAUUCUAUAAACAAUUGUUUUUUUAUAAUAUAUAUACUAUGGUAACUUGGUGUACAGGGAGGGUAAAAUUUUUCCACCUUAUUGAAAUUUAUGGUGUAUGUAUCGGAAGCAAUUAGCAAAUAAUCUUUUUUAAUAAUAAGUGGACAAAAAAGAUUUUUUUGUUUGUUUGAAAGGUUGUACAAUUUUGUCUCAAUAAUAUAUACACUUUACAUGAUAAUGCUAGUCACGGUUAGUGAACUUGCAAGAGCAGUCUUAGUAUUUACAAUCCAACGUUGCAUUUAUUUUUCCUUCAUAUUUUUAGGUGUAAUCUUUGAUCAAUUUAUUACUGUUAUGUGCAGAACCAAUCUGAUUAAAAUCAUAUCUUUGAUCCAUUCUCAAUUUUAAUAUGUUGCUAAACCUUGCACAUAGUGAACUAUGUGAGUGAAUCAAAGGAUUUAAAUUUAUUCAGAGGUGCUGCAAAUACUUUUUAAAAUCAUGACUUUAUGAUAUUUAGUUUGAUAUGCAUUGCCAGUUACAUUUGCAAGGAGCAGAUCAUGACAGAUUAUUUUUCUCUGCAAUCAAUAUAUUUAAUAGGUUUAGUUUAUUUUUAUGCCACCUGAGUAACUCAGAUGACCUAUUGCUAUUGGUCUGCAUCUGUUGUCUAUUGAAAAUUGAACAUUUUUAACUUCUUGAUAAUUACCAUUCCAAUUCUUUUCAUCUUUGGUAUGGAACAUCUUUGGGACAAGGGGGACAUAAAUUGUAAAUUUCACGACUCCUGCACCUGGGGACCUUUGGAGAGGGGUGAAAAACUGCCAAAAUUUGACAAAUUUUCAAUAACCUUUGCAACCACACAUCUAUAAGAAAAUUAAAUGCAGUCAUGUUGAGCAGGAAGACCUCUACCAAAAUUGUAAAUGUCAUGAUCCCAAGGGUGGAGGUUCUGACUUUUGGGCAUGGCUGACUUGGUAAAUAGUGUUUAUGUGUAAACAUUUAAUAUCUUAUUUAAUGCUAUUGAUUCUAAAUUGAAACUAAAUGGAUAUUUAGAAGGAUCAGGUAGCUCUUUACCAAAAUUAUAAGUUUCAUGAUGCCAGGGGUAGGGGUUUUGGUUCCAGGGUGGGGCCAAAAUGGUCAUAGUGAUUCUUGUCUUUAUCAUUUGAAAGACUCUUCUUUAAUUUUGCUGAUACUAUAUAAAACCAAAUGCAUGUUCAGGAAGAGGGAUGUACCAAAAUUGCAAAUUUUGUAACCACAGGAUUCUGACUUUAGUGCCUGUCCAAAAUAGCUGUACAGUGUUAAUAUGACAUAAAUUAUACUAUGUAAAGUCUUUCAUCAGUAUGGUAACUUUUGUGUUUUAAGAACACAUCUUCUUUAAUACUGCUGCUGAAUAUUAGAAUUUGGCUUCGAUAUGCAGGACAGGAAAAUUAUUAGAUUUCAGAGCCCUUGGAGCUAAGUGAUACUUUUAACUGAUACUCAGGUGACAGAUAAAGCCUGUGGGCCUCUUGUAGUUAAUCUUUAUUUACUGGUAUUAAUUCUGACAUUUCAGUUAACUUAUCUGCAAGGUUUUCAAGAAACUGUGACAGCUGUAAGUGAUGUUUGAGGGUCCCGAGUAUUGCUACACAUAUUUUGACGCAUUUCGGUUUUUCUCAGUUUUCUCUUCAGUUGGAUACUCUUGGAAGUUGGUUUAAUGUAACCAGGAAAUGCAUUUCAUUUUAGUUUUAGCACGGUGCUCUGUUGAUUUUCCUUAGUGUUCCAGUCUUGAUCUCUGUUGUUAAGUUUAUCAUGCUAGAGUUCUUAAGGUGCAAAGACAUUGAUUCUGUACGGUUUUGUGGUGCCAGUCUCAGUUCAGCAAGUUAGCUUUCAUUUUUCAAGAUGUUUCAUUUAUUAAAUGUUGUCAGUACUGUACUUGCACUAUUUUAACAUAUUCAAAAUUUAGUGCAAUUGUGGGUAAUGGAUUGUGUGGAUUAAUCAGGAAAUGAGUGUUUUCGAUGAUCUUAGAUAUUGAUAUUAUGAUAUUAAUUCUUUCCAGUUGAUUAUAAAGCAGUGCAUUGCCUGCUUGAAAAAGACACUUGAAUAUAAUUACCUGUACUGCUAAUGCAAGUAAACAUACAGUAUGCUGUAAAACUGUAUACUGUAAAUCAUACACAAACAGUAUGCUGUAAAACUGUAUACUGUAAAUCAUACACAAACAGUAUGCUGUAAAACUGUAUACUGUAAAUCAUACACAAACAGUAUGCUGUAAAACUGUAUACUGUAAAUCAUACACAAACAGUAUGCUGUAAAACUGUAUACUGUAAAUCAUACACAAACAGUAUGCUGUAAAACUGUAUACUGUAAAUCAUACACAAACAGUAUGCUGUAAAACUGUAUACUGUAAAUCAUACACUAUGUUGUGCAUGUGUCAGUUACUGUUUGUUUGCACCAUAUUAAUUUUAUGAUAUACAUUCAAAAUAUCUAAAUGGCCAAUAAAAGUACCCCAAAAUAGUCAUACUAAGUACAAAAUAGCAGCACGGCACUACAGAUGAAUCCAUUGUGUGCACUUUUGUUGUUCAGUUGUACUGUCCUGUUUCUAGAGUUUUUGGCUUGCUUGUUCAUAAUGUAAACUGUGAUGUCAUUUACCUCAAUUUUUAGGGUCAAGGUUUGCUUUGUGGAUGCCAAAAUCUGACUAAAUUUUUUUAUGCCCCCAAGAUCAAAAAGAAAGAAUCUAAUGGUUUUCACCUGUUUGUCUGCAAUGUAAUUUACUUUAUGACUUUCGAAUUAUACACGACAGACACCAUCUAAUCCUAGAACAGAAAACAUCGGUCAAAGUUUUAUUGAAAUCAUGGUGAAGAUUUUUCAAAUUUGUGAUUAGAUUUAUACAUGUCAUACAUAUACUUCAUUCAAACCACACAAUGGGAUGCCAUUUCUUUCAUAAGUCUCCACGACAGAAUUUAAUUUGUGAAAUUUUUACUUCUGGAUCUGAUUUUCCCAGUUUUGACCUUGUAUGUAUAUUUUAAAAGUGUCUUACCUUCUUUUUUCAGUCCAUUAUAUCAUUAUUUUAAUUGCCCAUUACAUUUGCCAAUAAAAGAACAUGCUCUUCUUUGGACAGAAAAUAAAAAAGUACCCCAGAUUUUUAUCCGAUUUUUAGUAGAUGUUUGUUCAGAACGCCCCAUUAUGUUUGAUGUAAUUUGUUAGAUUAGUUGGAUUUUUUUAUGUUUGCACUUGUUUUAUCAAAUGCACUGUUUUUCUGUUUUUAAUUGCUGUGAUUACAUCAAGUGAUUACAUAUACUAUGUAUGAGUAUACAACUUCAUUUAUAGAUUGUAAUGUAGUACACCAUGUCAAAUUCAAUAUAUAUUGUGAUACCUUCUAGUAUUUCUGUUAAGGAAGGUAUAAAAGACCAUUUGUGUACACUUUGCCAGGAAAUUCAACUGCAGGCCCAUAGGAAGUGAUUUCAAAGUGUGAUUUGUAGGGGGGGGGGGGGGUCACAACAUUUUUCACAGAUCUCCCUGAAUUGAAAACACAAUGAUCCACUAAUUUUCCCCUCUCUAUUCCAGGCAUUCCUAUGGGCCUGAACUGAUAUGUUUUGUCUUAUAUGUGAAUUUAUAUUACUUUGUUGUUAAACAUGACUCUUAUCUUGAAAACUUGUGGCAUGGGCAUUUCAUAAAGAGAGAUACAAAUCAGAUAUACACAUUCUUUUUGCAGGUGUAGUAUCUUGCAUAAAAAAUCUUGGUUCCUUUUGAUUCCAAUAUUAAAUGUCACUGGAGGGAAGAUUCGGAAAUUCCCAGUAUUCAAGAUUUUUAGUAGUUUGCACAUCAUUAGAUUAGAUAACUAGACUGUUCUUCAUCCCCCAACCAAGAAAAAAAGGGGGGGGGAUAUAUUAUUUCUCUGUCAGUAACUUUAACAUUGGUCUUGACUUUUUAAUAUAAUGUAUCAAACACAUGUUGUUUAGAAUAUGCCCAUGUUGCAAAGGGUAGUCCACUCUAUGACACCUUAACUAUUGCAUUAAUGGUAUAUGAGACUUGUUAGUAAUGGCAUUUUCUUAAUAUUGUAUAUACAUGUACGUUAAAGUUAGUUACAAUUUAAUCAUAUUGGUUGUAUCUGUUGUACACCACAUGUUGCAGUUUUAAUUGGAUUCAGUGUGAAACGAUGGGCAUUUAAGUUGAUAUUUAUAUGGUGAAAUAUAUUUUUUUAAAAAAAGGUUUUGGGUCAGAUAGAGCAUUAAUGAUGAUAUUGCUUACCUUAAAAUAUUUUGUGGAAUUUCUCAAAUAUACAAAAGUAAUUUUAAUUUAAUUUUUUUUUUAAAACAUGGGAAUAAGCAGAAUGUGUUAAGUCUAUUGAUAUCUUUUUAAAACAUAAUAAAACAUUGUUUUGCAUUUUUAUCUUUUGAAGUAAAAAUAUUCCGAUUGGCUAUUUUAACUAUCAAUGUUUUAUUAGCAUAUUAUUAAUCAUUCUGUAGUAACAGUGAUGAAGUUGGAAUUGAUUGAUUGUGAUUCUGAUGCUUUUACCAGAAAACCAAACAACCCACAGUAUGUCAUUUAUGCAACUAAAUAGAAGCAUUCUCAAUAAUUUUCCAAAGAAGUAACCUUUUUGCUAACCUGACAAUGCAUUGUUUACAAAAAAUGUUUGUAUUUAAAUUUAAUAAACAAUAAGAGACCGUUUUCUCAGCCUUAACAAAGAGUUGUUUCCUAUGUGAGAAUGAGGUGCCUUAAUAACAAGUGUGAUAUUCCUUGUUAAUAAAUAAUGAACACAUCAA